AUGUAAGAGACACCAACACCUGAAAUUACUGAUGAAUAAAUUUAACAAUUCUAAAAUAAACAUUAUUUUGAACAUUAAAUUAAAGGUGAUACUCUACAGGGCUUGGCAAUUAAAUAUAAUUUAACUCCAGAAGCUAUUAGAAAAUUUAAUAAUCUGACAACAAAUGAAAUUUAUUACCUUAAAUCAAUUAUAAUUCCUAAUUAGUCCUCUUAUGAUUCUCAGGAAAAAGUAAUAGAUUAAUGUUCUUUUCAGAAGAUAUUUAUGUUGGAAUAUAUGCUUAAUACCAUUUUGGAUUCUAAAGAUCGAUGUGAAAAAGUUGCUAAAUAUUAUUUAGAGAUUUCAGAUUGGGAUUUAAAUAAAGCAAUAUAAGAAUACAAGGAAGAUUAAAGUUUUGAUAAAUGA